AAGGGGCCCAGGCAUCAUAGACUGUUUUACUUUGUUUGCCGAAGCCAUUGGUUUUAAACAUGUCACAACAACCUAAUCUGUAUCUUUAGUUUGUUAGUUUUUGGAAAUUUUGGAAUGGAAUCCCUGUACGACGAUGGUUACUACUCUUUCCUUAUUCUGGAAUUUGUCCUCAGCAUCAAAAAAAGAACGUAUCACUGCAACAGUCAAGCUUGUUAGUUCCCUUGAGAAGUUUCAAGGACAACACACUCCCAAGGUUUCGCCAGGCUCCGAGGAUGAUGAAGAAAACGUCGGUCCAACGGACGGCCUGGAUGUCUUGAAUGCGCAUGAUGUAGCGUACUCUAUACGGCGGCUUAUAAGAGGACUUGCGAGUCCUCGGGAGAGUAGUCGGCUCGGCUUCAGCGUUGCACUCACCGAGUUACUCUCUCGACUCGACACUGUCACAUCCGCUCAAGUUAUCUCAAUCAUUGUUGAUGGAUCGAAGAUUCAGGGGUCUAUGACUGGUCAAGAAGAACGCGAUAUCUUGUUCGCUCGCCUCUUUGGAUUUGCCACUGUCAUUCACUCUGGGCUCCUUGUACGGCAGACCCCGCUCUCGACAUCUCCUUCAUCUGCCACAAAUUCAUCAAGUCUUGAAAGUUACAAAGAGCUCGUCGAUCAUCUUCUUACUCUUGGCGAGAAAAAGUCCUGGCUGCGAGAAAGUGCUUGGUGGUCCAUUGGGCAGGCUAUUAACGCUGUUAUAGAAUCAUCCGUUUCUUGGAAAGAGGAAGCUCUAGCCUCUACGCUCGAAGUUGUAUACCAGCGUGACAAAGAUCUCUGGACACCAGAAACGGUCGCCAUAACGUUAAAAUUACAGCCUGUAAUGCUCAAGCAUGACUGGAACAGUACUGUAUCGCCGACAUUCAAAGAUGCGGACAUUUUAUCCCCCGCCAACUUUUCGACCCUUGGGCGCAUAUUGAAGGAAACCUCUGGCGAGGAUGAGUGGCAACAAACUAGUACGGGGACAUGGAAAGCGCAAUUGCAUUAUGUGUGGGAUGUCAUUUUUGACAGUUUGCUCCCUGAGAGCGACCCAGGACGUCGCCGGAACGCGUUAUUUCAGGAAUUCUUCCGAGUAGUAGUUGACGAGACAUUGUUCGGGGCGUCAUCUUCUCCUGAACGGAAGUUCUGGGGGUUCCUCGUCUUCAAGAAAGCGUUGCGCCGUGUGGACGGCACCGAUCUCCCUAUGCUUUUCACCAGAAAUUUCAUGCGGUCUUGGAUUAAUCAUCUUUCUCACAAAGACCGUCACCUUCACAAAAUUUCCCUGGAUGUGGUCAAAGAUAUUCAAAACUUCGUCCAACAGAAUCCUGAGCUUGGUUACACACUAAUUCUGCAGCUAACCGGGAUCCAUGGGAGCCAUCAGUUUGAUAAACUGACCAAAACGAAGACCGUAGAAUCAAUAUUGUCGAGGAUGGACGGCGACGGCAUUAUGAAGUACAUCCAAAGUUUACUCGAACAAAUGGAUGGGUCUGACAACGACACCGCCACAGAAGAAGCCAAGAAGAUUUGGAUCGGGGACCAGUUUGUAGCCCUUGUUCGCAAUGGUGCCAUCCCAAAACGUGAGGAUUGGAUUCAGCUCGUCCUGAAUUGGUUCGCUGUGCAAGGGCUAUACGUGGUCAAGAGAAAGUCUACCAAGGGGCUCCUUGCUGCGCUCCGUGUCACCCCCUUCAGUCCCGCCUCCGAGGAUUUCCGGCGGACUUGUCGCAGUAAACUCCUUGGUUGUCUCGCUGAUUUGACACCACCACCCACCGCAUCACAAAAAGGCGACAAGGCACCAAAGGAGGGGACCAUUAAGGUUGAUGACGAAUCCUGGAUAUCGAAAAUUUUCACUGUAGUCAAUCAUCUAGACAAUGACAGCAAGCACGUCACGUCACUCUCGGAACCAGGUCAGGAGGAGCAACUGCUACUUCAACAGACUUAUAAAACGAUGGAUAAUCUUCGGCAGGUUGAUGGUGAGAUGAGAGAGGCAGCUAGAGGAGUAGAAUUUCUCCUGUCAGCCUUUCUGCUCCAUCAUCGCUGCGCCAACUUGGAUGAUGAUGAAUUUGAUGCAGGGGUACUUGAGACUUGCCUUGCUGUUGCCGCAACCAUGUUUUCUACAGACAAGUCCAAAAAACGCAGAAAAUCGCACACCACUUCCCAACCAGAGUCUCCCAAACCGAUAGACAUGCUAGUUGAUGUGCUCAUCGGUUUCCUUGAAAAGUCCACGUCUUACCUGCGUGCAGUGGCCAAUAAGACCUUCUCAUGUAUCGCUAGCGCAGCAACAGAAACUACAAUAGAUCUUAUCGUUGCCCAAUUGGAGCGCCGAGACCCAGCCGAUCUGGUCGCUGGUGAAGAAGACGAGACAGAGAGCGCCACAAGUGAAGGCGACGAUGAGGAUGUUGAAUCCUCCGACAAAGAAAACGAGUCCGAAUUCGAUGACAGUGACGAAGCUGCUCUCGCACUACGGAUGAAAAUUGAGGAUGCACUCAAAGCAAAUGGCGUCGAGGCUGCCAUUGGUGAUACCGAUGAGGAAUCUGAGGAAGAACUGGUAGAUGACGAGCAAAUGAUGGCCAUUGAUGAACACCUCGCAGAAGUCUUUCGCUCUAGAUCUGGUGAUACUAAGCAAAACAAAGAUGUCAAUGCACAGCGAGAAGCUACUCACUUCAAGAAUAGAGUCUUGGACUUGGUUGAAAUUUUCACGAGGAAGAUGCCACAGAGUCCUCAUAACCUGCGUCUUGUGGUGCCGUUGAUCGAACUUGCUACUAAGAGCGGCAAAGACGAGCGCCAGCUGUCUGACAAAGCUCGUGGCAUUCUCAACAACAGGCUCGCAAAGUUAAAGGAUCCACUCCAGGAAGUGGAUCAAGAAUAUGCAGAGACUAUACUGGAUGAGCUGCAUAUCAGGGCUCGGAAGGCGCACUCGUCGGAUACGCUCGCAACUCUCAGUCACUGCAGUCUUUUCAUUUGCAGGGUGUUAACGAACAUCGGCUACGAGAAAACUGUUCUUCGGCUAUACAGGGAGUCGAUAGUCGACUUCAUGACGCGCAAGGCUUCCUCGUUGAACAUGACGUUUUUCAAAGACUUCAUCACUCGUUAUCCGGCAUUAGGGUGGUGCCUCCGGGACAGCAUAUUGGAUAUUUCUUUAAAAGCUAUCAAUGCAUAUAGGAAAUGCCAGGCGUUCCAACUGCUCAAUGGUGACCCACAAGAUGUCUUAUCUUUCAUUCUAAAACUUCACACAAGUGUUCUCCAGUUUAUCGAUUCAGCAUGCGACGACCAAGUCUCUCUCUCGGCCGCGCAAAUCAAAGACCUUUUCAAAUUAGUCAUACUUGGCGUUCGUCAGGCAAGCAAAGUCGAUAGCAGUAAUCAAAACGCGUGGGACUCGGGGGCUUGGUGCACCCUGCACGGACGGCUCGUCGCUUCGAAGCGGUUCGGUUCGUCGAUAGCUGUUCUCAAGCUGUGCUCUCAAGUGGAAUCGGCCUUACAAGGUCGAAAUGGCAGACAAUGCAAUUCGAUAGCACCGAAAAGGAAGGCCGAGGAAGUAGAGGCUGAAGGUGCCUCAUCUGAUACUAAGCGGAAGAAAAAGAAGAGUGUAUCAACUAGUCGAUCGUAAAUUGCUGCACUGUAGCUCGAAGUUCUUCCAGUCCCCCUGCAUCUUGCGUCGAAAGUGCGCGAGCGAUUGCACCCAUAAGUUUGCGUGUCCUGUCAA